AUGAACAUCCUCAAUCAAUCCUACACCUAUGGGAGAUCCCCCUUGACACCAGACUCGAGGUCUCAACCACUUCACAUUUUUCUAUUUGGGGGUCAAAUAUCGCACUCGCUCUCCCCGACAAUCAAUUCAACUCUUUUCAAGUCCGCCGGAGUAUCGUGGAAUUACGAUCUCUGCGAGACCACAAGUGCCCAGCGCUUCACUGCGGUGCUCCAUCAGCCCGACUGCAUUGGUGCUUCAGUCACCAUGCCCAAUAAAGUCACAUUCAUACCACUACUGGAUGAUCUCACAGACGAUGCUCGGACUGUUGGAGCCGUCAACACCGUCUUCAUCCGUCUCGAUCGGCAAGGAUCCCGAAAAUACAUUGGAACGAACACUGAUUGUAUGGGGGUUCGCGAAACCCUGCUCAACAAUUCUCCUGGCAUUAUUCAGAUUGCAAAUUGUCAGCCUGCACUGGUUGUUGGAGCAGGAGGCGCGGCGCGCAGUGCCAUAUACGCCUUAUGGAAGUGGUUCAGUCCUUCAGAAAUUUACCUUGUAAAUAGGCUGAAAUCUGAAGUCGACGAUCUCAUUUCAGGAAUGGAAAAAACAAUUCCAGAUAUCAAAUUACGCCAUAUCGACGUGGUGGAGAAUACAAAUCAUUUACCGGCCCCUCGUGUCGUUGUCGGAACCGUCCCGGAUGGUCGACCAAGAGAGCCUGGGGAAAUACUCGCAUGGAGAAUCUGCGAAGCCUUUCUACAGAACAGACAGGGGAAUGGUGCCGUGCUGGAUAUGUGCUACCAUCCCGAACGAACCAGACUGUUGGAAUUAGCCGAGAUAAAUGGCUGGACAACCAUACCCGGUACAGAGGUCCUGCCAAUCACCCUCAAACUCUCUGGGAAAGUCAUCCCCAAUCGGAUAUAUCGCACACCACUUAGUGAAUACGCCUCAACAUAUGAUGAAAACGACAUUGAGAAAACAGGUAUUCCUAGACCUCGAUACGCGGAAUUAUACCAAGAACUCGCAGACGGUGGCGCAGGCCUCAUUUGCUUCGGCAAUAUCCCCAUCGACCGCGACAACCUCGAGAACUACAACAACGCGGUCCUCGAUCCGCGCAACCCGUGGGACCCUGUGUCGGCAUUUGCACCGGCCAUAAAAGCCGCCAAAUCUCGCGGCGCCAUCUGCUUGCCUCAACUACAGUUCCCUGGCCGUCAGGUGCCGGAGUUUUUGAACAAGAACCCCAAGUCUGCGAGUGAUGUGCAAUUGGAGCCGUGUCUAAACAAGACGUACGGGAAACCGACUGCUCUCACGAAGGCGGAGAUCAAGGAGCUUGUCGGACGUUAUGUUUGGGCUUCAGAGGUUUUGGCGAAGGCGGGUGCGGAUGGGAUUAUUCUUCAUGGCGCGCAUGGGUAUAUUUUGAAUCAAUUUCUUUCGCCACUGACAAAUCGACGAACAGACGAGUACGGAGGAAGCCUCGAAAACCGCGCAAGGUUCAUUCUCGAGAUCGUCAAUGCUAUCAAGUCGAAACUCCCGCUUGAUCGAUUUGUCAUCGCUGUUAAAUUCAAUUGUCACGACUUUAUUGAGGGCGGCCAAUCCUUCGCCGAACAAUGCGUGGUGAUCAAAUGGCUUGAAGAUGCCGGGGUGGAUUUCUUCGACAUCUCAGGAGGCACAUACGCCUCGCCAGCCUGGCGUGGCAAUAUCAUGAAAGAACUUGCGGAACGACCGUCUCAGAAGAUGCGAGGGAGUUAUUUCAUUGAGUGGGCGCAGGAGAUGAAGAAAGUUUUAUCGCGAGCUGUCAUGGGGACGACGGGUGGGUGGCGCGAUAGUCAUCGUAUGGCAGAGGCAGUGGAGAGGGGUGAUGUGGACAUGGUUGGGUUGGGGAGGACGUUGAGAGAGGACCCCGACUUUGUGAAUAAGGCGAUUAAAGGGGAAAUUAGGUUGAGUAAAUUGUAG